AAGUCGGGAGCAAAGUCACUGUUAUCAUAAAUCGUGAAUGUAAGAUUAUUUCUUCAAUAAUGCUAAAGAUGGCGGGGUGUCAGCACUCCCUCGCCAUUUUGGCAUUCCUGGGUGUCGUCUGUCAUGCCCUGGGAAAAGAGGUAGAAUGUCAACAGCCAGCGUCCUCUCCCGAGUCAAUCUACAAUUUCAUGGCUCCCGACAUUUAUCAGAGAAGGAAUAUUUCUUUGUCGGAGUACCGUGGCAAAGUGUUGGUCAUCACAAAUCUUGCCUCCUUCUGAGGUUUAACCCCCAUGCACUACAUGGGUUUCAAUGCACUCAAAAAGACAUUUGCAGGAAAACAGUUCGAAGUUCUGGGCUUUCCAUGCAAUCAGUUUAAUUUGCAAGAACCGGGAGAUACUGCAACAGAGAUUUUAAAUACCAUUAAGUAUGUCCGCCCCGGAAACGGAUACGUUCCAAAUUUUCAAAUGUUUGCCAAGGUGGACGUCAACGGCGAGAAUGAACACCAUCUUUUUACUUACUUAAAGAAGUACUGCGGUCCAACAGCAGAUGAAUUUGAGGAUGAUCUUUUUUACAAACCUCUUCGUGUCAGUGACGUCAGAUGGAACUUUGAGCAGUUCGUCAUCAACCAGCAGGGUAAACCAGUAGUUCGUUUCUCUCCAGAAGUUAAUCCAAUUAAUCUUACUUCCAUUAUUUCAUCGUUACUACCAAGAUCUGAUAAUGAAUUCGAAAUUAUCAGCAACGAAAUACCAAUCGUACCGAACUAGUCAGUCUUCCAAGUA